AUGGACCGCGACUCGGAAGUGCUGUCAAUCACGGGAAAGAAGCGUCGCGCGACACUCACCAAGAACCCUCCGCCAUCUGCACUCUCAAGUCGCCCUUCGUUAAGGAAACCGCAAUCAUCGACCUCGCUUCUCCAACGAGCCCCUUCAGCACCCUACCCUCGCUCUCAGCAAGCUUCACAUUCCGCCCGCGAUAUCCACCAGCGAACACGUUCAAACCAGUACGCUUCGUCGCAGUCGUCAUUCGAGCAUCCGAGCAAUCCAAGCACGAACCCGUCGCCGAUAUUUCCCUCGACCGACAGUUUCACCUAUCAGUCGCAACCUUCGCAGUCGUACAACACCGACCUCGUGGGCGCUCCAUUUGAUGCGUCAGGACUUCUGUCGUCGAUACAGUCAACAGCGAUUAAUGGCGAUGCGCCGCCGGCCCCAACGCGAGCACCUCCGCCUCCACUAAUGCACACUCACACAAGUCCUGAUUUGCGCUCAUACCAGUUACAGGGCUCCCAAACAAUUCCGCCGGGAGGACAAACAAUGGAUACCACCUUUCCACAAGCUGAUGGGACCAUGAGUCCAAAGCGCUUUUCAGGCGAAGCGGUGAAGCCACCAACGGCACGGAAAAAGAGUGGUUUCAGCACUUUUAUGAACAGUGUGCUAGGUUCGCCAAAAACCAUAAAGAUUUCUGCGCCUGAGAAUCCAAUGCACAUGAUCCAUGUUGGCUAUGACAACCAGACGGGCCAGUUCACGGGACUACCCAAAGACUGGCAGCGCAUGCUGUCGGACGCAGGUGUGUCGGAAAAUGAACAGAAGCAAAAUCCAGAGAUGAUGGUGAAUAUCAUGGAGACGUACAAGAGUAACACUGGAGACCAAGAACAGCAUGUCUGGCAGAAGUUCGACCACGCGAAGCUAUCAGAGUCGCCAGCGAGCAGUUCAUCGAGCUACAAGCAGGGCGGCACUACACCGAUCAUUGGAAGCAGUCCAGGUUCUUUUCCCUCACAAACACCACAAAUGAGCUCGGUCAUCUCUCCACCACAAAGUCCGCGAUUCCCGCAAAAUCAUGAAGGCAGUUUCGAAAACCCGAGACCGCCUCCUCCAGUGCCCAAGCUUCCAGCUGCAAGCACGCUCGCAAAUAUGUCACCAAGUGUCAACGGCAUGAUGCCCAGUAGGCCGGCUCCGAAACCACCCACACAAACCAUGACACCUGCUCGUCCACCUCCGCCACCUCCAGUCAAUACUCAGCAACAGCCGAUGAUACCACGGAUGAGUCAGGACCAAGCUAGACCUCCUGCACCGACCGCCGCAUCGUCUAACCAGACACCAGCGCUCCCAUCAGCUGAUGGAUAUCGCUCAAGAUCGGGCUCAAAGACACAGUACACAGCGCCAUCGCCAAAGGUCAGCCAAGGCAUCACGAACCCGGUGCAAUAUCAGCAGCAACAGGAGCAAGCCAUGCGAGUCGCCCAGGAAGCCAUUCAGAGCAAGCAACUGGAUCGUUCGCGAAGUCAGCGACAACAGCAGCCUCCUGUCAAACCCACACAGCAGAAUCUACCUCCAUCACAACAGGCACCAGAAGUACCACCGAAGAUCGCCCAACAGAGUCCCUCACUACCUCAGCAAACUCAACAGUAUGUCACAGUUGCUGAAAAUGGGCAACAGACAACACCGAAGGUUGGGGCAGUUCCGGGUGCCAGACCGCGUGCGAGGCCUCGGCAACCAAGCAACGGCGCUGAGGUGGCCGCGAGGCUGCGAGCAAUAUGCAGUGCUGGUGAUCCUACGAAGAAGUACACCAAUCUCGACAAAAUCGGACAAGGUGCGUCCGGCGGCGUAUUCAUGGCAUUUGAAGCAGCAGGUGCCAAACGCUGCGUGGCUAUCAAGCAGAUGAACCUCGAACAACAGCCGAAGAAAGAUCUCAUUAUCAACGAGAUCAUUGUCAUGAAGGAGAGCAAACACAAGAACAUUGUCAACUUCAUGGAUAGCUUCCUGCACGAAGGCGAUCUGUGGGUAGUCAUGGAGUACAUGCAGGGCGGUAGCUUGACAGACGUGGUAACUUUCAACAUCAUGACGGAAGGACAGAUAGCAGCUGUCUGCCGAGAGACUCUCUACGGAUUACAACAUCUCCACUCUAAGAAUGUAAUCCACCGAGACAUCAAGUCGGACAACAUUCUUCUGUCGGAACGAGGCGACAUAAAGCUCACGGAUUUCGGAUUCUGCGCUCAGAUCAAUGAUUCGCAGAACAAGCGGACGACUAUGGUCGGUACGCCAUACUGGAUGGCUCCAGAGGUUGUGACCCGGAAAGAAUAUGGGCGAAAGGUCGACAUCUGGAGUUUGGGCAUCAUGGCCAUCGAGAUGAUCGAAGGAGAGCCACCGUAUCUUACCGAGUCGCCACUUCGAGCCUUGUACUUGAUCGCCAAGUUCGGCACGCCGCGCAUUAAGAAUGAGCAGGACUUGUCACAGGUCUUCCGAGACUUCUUGUAUUUCGCUCUCAAGGUAGAGCCAGAGAAACGCGCCAGCGCUCACGAUCUUCUUCAUCAUCCGUUUAUGCAGAUGUGUGCACCCUUACAGACUCUUGCGCCUUUGGUUCAAUCAGCUCGCGAGAGCCGAGCAGCAGAGAAGCAGCAACGAGCGGGUGGUUGA